CCAUAUAUUCAUCAUAUAUAUCCACAUUAAAAUCUUCAUAUUGCAACCCUAAAUUCUAAACUUACAUUUUACAUAAAAAUUAACAUUAAAAACUACCCAUAAAAAAAUGGAGGGAUACAAUAAUAAUAAUAAUAAUAACAAAGAAAGUUCAGCCUUAAAGUAUAGAGGUGUGAGGAGACGUCCAUGGGGUAAAUACGCUGCAGAGAUACGUGAUCCGAAGAGGAAUGGUGCUCGAUUGUGGCUUGGCACGUAUGAAACUGCCGAGGAGGCAGCUCGAGCUUAUGAUAGGGCGGCGUUUUCUUUGAGAGGUCAUCUUGCCAUACUCAAUUUUCCUAAUGAUCAACAUUAUCAUUCCAUGGAUGGUAGUUCUAACGUUUUUGGUAGAAGUUGUAAGGGAAAUUAUUCCUCCUCUUCAUCUUCAUUGUCUCAUCAUGAAGAUCCACAAGUUAUUGAGUUGGAGUAUGUUGAUGAUAAUGUGUUGGAGGAGCUUCUUGAUCAAAGGAGAUACAAGCUCUAGAAGUUGGGGAAAUUUAGGCUAUGACCACCCUUGCUUAUAUAUGGAUAUAUAAUAAAAUUAUUCGAUUAAAAAUCUUAUUAAAGUUGAAUCAUAUGAUAUUUUUUAAAAUAAUCAAAUUGAUUUACUACGUAUAUAUAGUACACAUAUAAAGAUGAGGGUGCAGUCUAUCCUGUACAACUAUCAUAAAUUGUCUCGGCUAGUUAGUUAGAAGAAGUUUUUUGUAUUAGUUAGAAUAGUUUUUAAUUAAUGUUCUGUUUAAACUUUUACUUAAUAUAAGUCAGAUUAAAUUUAUGAUGUAAUAUCUUAUAUGUUAGAAGCAUUUUAAGAGAUUUUAUAUUUUAUAGAAAACGGAACCUUUUGAACUGAAAUGGAGAAUUAUUUGAAGAUCA